AUGGAAUUACUUGGUGACAUUUGUACACAAUUUCCUGAUGCAUACGACGAAAGGGUAGAAAAUGAAAGACUAAAAAUGACGGGUGGCGGUAACACAAAUAGUGCAGUUCCUGGGGCUGUUGUGCCCGAUGGUGGAUGGGGAUGGAUUAUUGUAUUUGCGUCUCUGAUGAUACAUUUUAUAAUGGAUGGAAUAACAUAUUCAUUGGGCGAAGUAUUUUUACGUCCUAUGAUGGAUAAUCUAAAUAAAACUCGAGGACCUGUUUCAACUAUUUUUGGAAUUUUACCGGCAAUAACACUUGCUACAGGACCUAUUGCAACGAUAUUUACAAAUACAUAUGGAUGUCGAAUAAUAACCAUAGUUGGGGCUUGUCUUGCUGCUACUGGUUUUUUAGCAAGUUACUUUUGGGCAAAUCUUUGGUAUUAUUAUCUUACAAUUGGCAUUAUUGGAGGCCUUGGUUUUGGUUUAAUCUAUUUGCCAGCUAUUGUUUCUGUCGGUUUCUAUUUUGAAAGAAAACGUUCUUUUGCUAUGGGUAUUGCAGUUUGUGGUUCAGGCCUGGGUACACUGGUAUUUCCAGCGAUUAUGCCAUAUGUUAUAAAUGCACCAUUGUGGUUUGAUUAUGAAGGUGCUCUUCUACUUGAGGCAGCAAUUAUAUUUAGUUGUGUUAUUUUUGGCGCUUUAAUGAUUCCGUUGCCACAAGAACCAAGUGAAAUAAGACGUAUGGCACAAAAAGCACGAUCACAAGCUAAACGACAAGCGCUCAAAACGGCAACUGCAACAAGUCAAAAUGAUGAACAACAAAAUCAAUUACUUCCAACCAAUAAACAAAGUGAUAUUCCAUUACAAGAAGUAAGUAUAGCUCCGAGAGAAUCAUCUGCUGUUGUUCCUCUUGAACAAGAAUAUCAAACUGAUGAUAAACGUCGAGUAUCUCUAUCGGAUCUCAAGAAAGAUGAUGCCAAUAUUAAUAAUCGAACAGAGAAAACUCAUUCAGGAUCUGUUGAAAAUGUAUCUAAAAUAGUAGCGACUGAUGUACCAGUUGUAGUGUCACGCAAAGAUUCAAUAUAUCAAGGUAGUUUACAUAAUAUUCCAUUGUAUAAUGAAGAUACGGAUGAAUAUCAUCGUCAAAUGAUAAAAACAAAUGAAACAAUUAAGAAAGCUGAAAAAAAAUCAUUGCUGGCAAAAAUUGCUGAACAAAUUGAUCUUAGUUUACUAAAAGAUGCUGCAUUUGCUUUAUUUGCCGUAUCAAAUUUUUUAACAAGUCUUGGUUUUAAUGUUCCAUACAAUUUUGCUAAUGAUUUAGCUGCUGAUGCUAAAGUUAUUGAACAUAAAAGACAUUGGAUUAUUAUGUCAAUUGGUGUUGCCAAUUGUUUUGGUCGAGUUAUUAUUGGUUAUUUAGCUGAUCGAUCAUGGGUUAAUCGUUUAAUAUUAUACAAUACAACAUUAAUAAUUGCUGGUAUAGCUACAAUGUUUGCACCAUUUUGUAAUUCUCUUGUUCAAACACAUAUGAUUUAUGCUGGAUUAUUUGGAUUUUUUUCUGGUGGUUAUGUUGGUUUAACAUCAAUUAUUAUUGUAGAUUUAGUUGGUGUUGAUAAAUUAUCUGAUGCUUUUGGUGUUCUUUUAUUAUUUCAAGGUGUUGCUGUUGCUAUUGGAACACCAAUUGUUGGUACAAUGCGUGAUGCAUUUUCGGGUUUCGAUCGUCCUUAUCUUUGGCCAUAUUUAAUAUUUGGUGGUUCAAUUUUAUUAAGUGGUCUUAUUCUAUUUGCUAUCCCAAUAUUAAGACGACGAAAAGAACGUCGUCAACAACCAACAAAACACCAAUUAGAAAUGGGAGUUUUAUCAUUUUCAAAACAAAAUUUAUCUGUACCCGAACAACAACAACAACUUUAA